CACCGACCUCACAUAAAAAGCUGCCCAUUGUCUGCAGCAGCUGCUGUUUGUCUCCACAACUCUGCAAAUAUUCAUUCACAGGAGUACCACACACCCAGAGCGAUGAAUCCCAAAGGGGAUAAGCCGAAGUCAAAGAUUUCAGCUUCUCGCAAGCUCUCCCUCAAAAUGUUGCUCCUCACAAGAGCCUGUGAGGAUUUAGAGAGGGAAAAUCAGGAGCGGGAAGAGGAGAAAGUACGUUAUUUAGGGGAGAAGUUGCCUCCUUUGCAGCUGUCUGGAUUGUCAUUGGACGACCUCCAAAAUCUGUGCAAACAACUUCAUGAAAAAAUUGAUGUUGUGGACGAAGAGAGGUAUGACUGCGAACACAAAGUGAGCAAGCACAACAAAGAUAUCCAUGAGCUGAAACUGAAAGUACAGGACCUUGGAGGCAAGUUCAAAAAGCCUGCCCUGAGGAAAGUGAGAGUAUCAGCAGAUGAGAUGAUGAGAGCUCUUCUGGGCUCCAAACACAAGGGCUCAAUGGAUCUCAGAGCUAACCUCAAGUCUGUGAAGAAGGAGGAUGUCAAACAAGAUAAGGUGCUUACCUCUGAAGUGGGUGACUGGCGUAAGAACGUUGAGGCCAUGUCAGGCAUGGAGGGCCGCAAGAAGAUGUUUGAUACAGGCGGCGGAGCACAGUGAAAUGCUGCAAACAAUGAAGAUGAUCAUUGAAAAGCAGGGAAAAUUGAACAGUUUCAGCAUAAAUAUGGAAUUCUAAUCCAGAAACUAGCUGAAACUUGCUUACCAACUGUUUUCAGUGCAAUGUCUCAAAGUGCAUAAAGUGUAGGAUGAAUACAGACCCACUGUGUUCUUUUUUUUAAUAAAAAAAAUCAUAUUUUGUUUUGUUAUGUCACCUUAAGGCAAAGAAAAUGGAACAAAUAAAUAUUUUUUCUUCCAGUC